AACAUAAAAAUGGAGAACGUGUUUCGCUUAGUGGAUCACGAAGAGUUCUUCUCACGUCGUUGCAUUUGGGUUAAUGGCCCAGUGAUCGUAGGAGCAGGCCCAUCAGGGCUUGCCACAGCAGCAUGUCUUAGAGAACAAGGGGUACCCUUCAUGGUUCUCGAAAGAGCAGAUUGCAUAGCUUCACUGUGGCAAAAACGCACUUAUGACAGGUUAAAGCUUCACCUUCCAAAGCAAUUUUGCCAGCUUCCAAAACUUCCUUUCCCUGAAGAUUUCCCUGAAUACCCAACAAAGAAACAGUUCAUAGAGUACUUAGAAUCAUACGCAAAGCACUUUGAGAUCAACCCACAGUUCAACGAGUGCGUUCAGUCAGCAAGGUACGAUGAGACAAGUGGGUUCUGGCGUGUUAAGACUGUUUCUUCUUUGAGUGGCUUAACCCGAAACGAGGUUGAGUAUAUUUGCAGGUGGCUCGUUGUUGCCACUGGCGAAAAUGCUGAGUGUGUUAUGCCUAAUGUCGAAGGGUUGAGUGAGUUCAAAGGUGAUGUUAUUCACGCUUGCGAGUAUAAGUCAGGGGAAACGUUAAAGGGAAAGAAGGUUCUUGUUGUUGGGUGUGGAAAUUCUGGCAUGGAACUCUCUCUUGAUCUUUGCAACCACCAUGCUUCACCAUCCAUGGUUGUUCGUAGCUCGGUUCAUGUGUUACCGAGAGAGAUCUUUGGCAAAUCAACGUUUGAGUUGGCUGUUAUGAUGCUGAAAUGGUUGCCUCUUUGGCUUGUUGACAAGAUUAUCUUGUUGUUGGCGUGGUUUGUUAUAGGGAACAUAGAGAAGUUUGGGCUGAAAAGGCCUUCAACGGGUCCUUUGGAGCUGAAGAACACAAAGGGGAAGACCCCGGUUUUGGACAUUGGUGCCUUGGAGAAAAUCAGAUCUGGUGAAAUCAAAGUGGUGCCAGGAAUCAAGAGGUUUAACAAUGGUGAGGUUGAGCUUGAUAAUGGUGAAAAGCUUGAGGUUGAUGCAGUGGUGCUUGCUACUGGUUACCGCAGCAAUGUCCCUUCUUGGCUUCAGGAAGGUGAAUUUUUCUCCAAGAAUGGAUACCCAAAGAUGCCAUUUCCUCAUGGUUGGAAAGGAAAUGCUGGGCUCUAUGCUGUUGGGUUCACAAAGAGAGGGCUCUCUGGUGCUUCAUCUGAUGCUGUGAAUAUUGCUCAAGAUAUUGGCAAAGUGUGGAAACAAGAGACUAAGCAAAAGAAACAGCGUACUACUGCUUGUCAUAGACGUUGCAUUUCCCAAUUCUAA